AUGAAGUGUGUGUCUAUACUAUUGAUUAUUUCCCUGGGCCUACUGGCUUUGGCUAACGCUAACUCAGUGAAGUGUCCACGAGCUUGUACAAGGGAAUAUAAACCUCGUUGUGCUGUUUGGCAAAGAGGUAUUGUACGUCCCAUAAGAAGUGUUUGCACUUUCGCCAACCAAUGCGUUUUAGACAAUCAGAUAUGCAGAACUAAUCAAAAUUGGGUUGUGACCGAUGAGAACCGCAAAUGCAGGCGUAACACUCCGGACUGCAAUGAUCUUCUGAAGGAUUAA